AUGACGAAAAAUACAACACUAUCCCAGAAAACGAAGGAUUCGCUAACAGCCGUAGUUCUCUGGCCUAGCAGUGGCUGGCUGGGAAGUAGUGAGGAGACUUGUAAGCUUAACCACCAAGGAGUAUCUUGUGUGGAGAAACAUUUGGACUUUAAAAAGAAAAAAACGCUGGUAUUUAUAAGCGGCUAUUUAGAUGCGUCGUUUUCGCCAAUCGUGCGAGCUUUAGCGACUCCUUACCUCGACCGAGGACGUAAUGUCAUUAUUUUGGAAAUAUAUCCUAUACUCCAUCGGAGCUACCCAAUCGCAGCACGCCUUACAAAACCCUUAGGCAUUAUCUUAGGAGAAUUCAUAGCUGAAUUAACGCGAAGAGGUUUGCAUCCAGAUAAACUUGAACUGCUAGGAGGGAGCUUGGGAGCCCACAUUGCAUCAUACGCAGCAACUAGAUAUCAUGAACUAACUCAUUAUAAACCAGCUCGGCUUACUGGUCUGGACCCAGCAGGCCCAUGUUUCCGCUCACUGCCACGCUCUGAGCGAUUCAACUCGGAUGCAGCACAUAAAGUCGACGCUGUACAUACUAAUAUUGAUGGAUUCGGAUUAGCGGAGGCCGUCGCUCACAUCGACUUUUAUGUCAACGGGGGUGAAUUUCAACCCGCAACGAUACGAGACUAUCUUGUACCGUGCUUCCAACUUUGCAGUCACGUACGAGCAGCCAUCUACUGGGCUAUAGCGAAUUAUGAAACAGAACAAUUUUUAGGAGUUCGUUGUGACUCCGUCGCACGCGUGAGACACGGACAGUGUUACCAUGGACAUUUGGAGACCAAUGUCCUCGGCCCGAAGACUAACUUCAGCCGCCCCGGUAUUUACUACCUGCCUACAUUAGAUACAUUACCCUACUACAUGGGCGAGAAGGGUUUAAGUGAAAGACGAUAUGAUGUUAAUAAUUAUUUAUUAAGAAUUGCGCCAGAUGAAGACAUGGUUAUAUGA